AUGGUGUUGGCCAUAGCCCAAGUUGGGGCACGAGUGGCACGACGAGUGAUCCCAAAAGUGGCCUAUGGCAUACGCUGGAACCUGUCGGCCGAACAGCCGGUGCUGGUGCUCGAUAAACUUCGCCAGCUCCCGGAAGUGCACCCAUUGCUUUUAAAGCGAGCAGACACCAUCGCCGCCGAAUUCACCGAAGUUGAACGACAAAUGCUGGAAAAAUUUGAUCUGGAGCUAGCGGAGAAGUUUUCCCGCAUGCUGGCGGUGCUCGAUCACUACCAUCGCUACCAGGAAGACAUGGCGACGGUGGAUGAGCUCAAACUGAUGAUUGACGACGACAGCGACGCCGAACUAAAAGCCGCUGCUGAGGAAGAGUUAUCGCAAAUGCUUCCCCGGGUGCAUAAGAGUAUCAGCGUGCUUCAACUGAGACUUUUACCUCCGAUUAAGCACGCCGAUAAGCCCGCGAUCAUCGAACUUCGACCCGGGGUAGGAGGCCUGGAAGCAUCCCUUUUCACUGACGACUUGAUGCAAAUGUACAUAAACCAUGCCAACCACCACAAGUGGCCGUACCAGAUCAUUCUGAAGUCUGAAGGGUCUAACGGGUUCACUAACGAAAUCAUCCUCUCCAUCGAUCUGCCCCAGCUGUACGAUGUCCUCCGCCACGAACUGGGGGUUCAUCGUGUACAACGGAUCCCUGCCACUGAGUCUAAGGGACGUAUCCAUACUCUGACAGCGGCAGUGGUGGUACUCCCCAAGAUGCUGGCGGGUACUGAGCUGUCGUUAAAAGAAGAUGAGCGGCUGUUUGCUCCGGGAGAGGUGAGAAUUGAUACAAUGAGAGCUGGUGGGAAAGGUGGCCAACACGUCAACACCACCGACUCGGCGGUGCGGCUUGUCCACAUCCCCACGGGGAUCAUGGUGUUGCAACAAACGGAACGGCUGCAACCGCAGAACAAAGCGCGGGCGUUUGCCAUCUUGCGGGCUAGACUCGCCGAACGCGACCGGCUCGAGGAGCUCCAACGCCAGCGCCAGAUGCGUACCGACCAGGUCACCACCACCGACCGUAGUGACAAGAUCCGUACCUACAACUACCCUCAAAAUCGUGUCACCGACCACCGGUGUCUGUUCAGUCUCCACGACCUCACGGGGUGCAUGGACGGGUCGCGCCUCGACGAGAUCAUCGACCACGUCGCUGCUUACGAGGUGGAGACGCGUCUCCAGGCAUUGAUCGACGCCAAAACCUAG